AUUUCUAAUGAAUUAAAUUGAAAUUUUGAUACAUAUGUUGCGAUCAUAUGUUUAAUUCAUAUCAAUCCUAGCGUUGUUGCGCAUGCGCAAUGAACCAGCUGUGUCCCGAGUCCCGUGUCCCCGAUCUGUCAGUCAGCAUUUGCGCCUCUAUGUGUGAACGUUCGAUAUAAGUGACUAUGGCAUUCGUAUUGAAAAAGGCCGGUGACGUGUUUCUGCGUUUGAGCAGCAGUCCGCGAACCAUUCGAGGCUCUAUAAAAAUAUCGCGGGUAUGCACUGCUCAUUUUUCCAUCAAAGCAGAUAUUCCACAAGUGGAAGAGGAAGCUGAAAAAUUGAAAACACCAGUAGGGAAUGGUAAAGUGUUCGAGAGCAUAGAGGAAGCUGUAUCUGAUGUACAUAAUGGAGCUAAACUUUUGGUCGGUGGAUUUGGCCUCUGUGGCAUCCCAGAGAAUCUAAUAGCAUGCAUACUAAACAAAGGCUCUAAAGAUUUAACUGUAGUUUCGAAUAAUGCUGGAGUAGAAGACUUUGGAUUAGGUAUAUUGCUGAAGGAGCACAGAAUCAAGAAGAUGAUCGCCUCAUACGUGGGUGAGAAUCCUGAAUUCGAAAGACAAUAUCUCAAUGGCCAAUUGGAAGUCGAAUUAACGCCGCAGGGCACCUUGGCAGAACGUGUGAGAGCAGGUGGUGCUGGUAUUCCAGCUUUUUAUACUCCUACAGCUUUUGGGACUAUCGUGCAAGAGGGCAACGUCAUCCUGAAGUACGACAAGGAUGGUAACGCUGAGAUCUCAGGCGAGCCGAGGAACGUGAAUCAAUUCAAUGGACGAAACUAUGUGUUAGAGACUGCUAUUACUGGCGACUUUGCGCUUGUGAAAGCGUGGAAGGCUGACACUGCAGGAAAUCUGGUCUUUCGAAAAUCCGCCAGGAACUUCAAUCCUGUGAUGUGCAAGGCAGCCAAGAUAUCGAUAGUCGAAGUGGAGGAGAUUGUGGGGAUCGGUCAAUUGGAUCCUGAUCAGAUCCAUUUGCCUGGUAUUUUUGUGGAUAGGAUCGUAAAAGGACCCUCUUACGAGAAACGAAUCGAGAAACGAUCGACAAGACAAACUAUGAAGCCCAAGAAAGUAACUCCAGCUAGUAAAGCGAGAGAUAGGAUAAUCAGACGCGCUGCCCUCGAAUUUAAAGAUGGAAUGUAUGCCAACUUGGGAAUUGGUAUACCAAUGCUUGCAAGUAACUAUAUCCCGAAAGGUGUGAAAGUGACGUUACAGUCAGAAAACGGUAUUCUUGGACUAGGUCCUGUUCCGGAGACCGAAGCCGAUGUCGAUGCUGAUCUUAUUAAUGCUGGAAAGGAAUCUGUAACAGUGCUACCUGGUGCUGCUUACUUUAGUAGUGAUGAAAGCUUUGGCAUGAUCAGAGGAGGACACAUUGAUCUGACUAUUCUUGGAGGCAUGCAAGUAUCGGAGAACGGAGAUUUGGCCAACUGGAUGAUACCAGGUAUGGUGGUAAAGGGCAUGGGUGGUGCUAUGGAUUUGGUAUCCUCACCGACCACAAAGGUAGUAAUAACUAUGGAGCACAAAGCCCGAGAUGGAAGCCCAAAAAUUUUGAAGAAUUGCACUUUGCCUGUCACAGGUCAACAAUGCGUAGAUUUAAUUAUCACAGAUCUAGGAGUAUUUGAAGUGAUUCGAGGAGAAGGAUUAAAGCUUAUCGAAAUUGCCGCUAAUAUCGAUAUCAGUGAGGUUGUGAGUUCAACAGGUUGUGAAUUUAGCGUUGCCGACGAUCUUAAAGAAAUGAGACAAGUUGAAGUUGAUGAAUCGUGAAUUGCAAAUAUGUUUCAUAAGUUAU